UUCGGAAAAAGGGCAGGACAAUAGAAGAACCAUCAUUCCCACCUGAAGAGGACUGGAGCCUGCUUAGUCAUUUCACGAGUUGGCUGGUCUCGAGAUAUGUCCUUAGAGAAGGAAGGGGAAAUUAGUAACUUAAAUUCGUGCAAUGACUUUAAAAAUGUACUUUUUGGUUCCCACGUGGUACGCAGAACAGUGACAUUUUGAAGAAGUGCUAGCUAACGUACAGCAACUUCUGUUUACUCCGCCUCUGAAAGGCUGCCAUUGGCUUCGCGUUGUUUCCUGUCUUUUGUUCAAGGUGUGUCGCAAGAAGUAGAGAUCCGAAGAGCCAAAAGCGUUUAAACGACCUGCUGUUUCAGCCCGAGCACUAAACCCGUUACAGCAGUGAGAGGGCAGACGCCGAAGGAGAAGAUAAGCGUUGGGCUGCCAGCACUGAUCAGGAAUCUCAGAGGAGGCAGGAGUUUGUAAGGUGCUUUUGUGUAGUCAAACGUGAAGCUGACGUCAGUGAAAAUGCUGGAGAUGGUGAAAGACAGAGUACUGGAGGUCUAUGACAGCCUCUUAGCAGGAACAGACCCACGGUUGAAGGAUUACCCCCUAAUGGGGACUCCAGUCAACAUGUCUGCUAUUCUACUUGCUUAUCUUUUCUUCGUACUGUACGCCGGGCCCAAGUUUAUGGCCAACCGUAAACCCUUCCAGUUGAAAGAAGCUAUGAUCAUUUACAACUUGUCCUUGGUUGUCCUGUCUGCGUAUAUCGUGUAUGAGUUCAUGAUGUCGGGGUGGGCAACAGGAUACACGUGGAGAUGUGACCCAUGUGAUUAUUCAGACAGCCCUCAAGGACUCCGAAUGACAAGAGUCGCCUGGUUAUUCCUGUUUUCGAAGUUCAUUGAGCUUAUGGACACGGUGUUUUUUGUGCUGCGCAAGAAACACAGUCAGAUCACCUUCCUGCACAUCUUCCAUCAUUCCUUCAUGCCCUGGACGUGGUGGUGGGGCGUGAGCUAUGCACCAGGUGGAAUGGGCUCCUUCCAUGCCAUGAUCAACUCCUGUGUCCAUGUGAUCAUGUACUCCUACUACGGCCUUUCUGCUGCCGGGCCUCGCUUCCAGAAGUUCCUCUGGUGGAAGAAAUACAUGACUGCAAUUCAGCUGAUUCAGUUUGUGUUGGUGUCUCUUCAUGUAACCCAGUGGUACUUCAUGGAGAGCUGCGACUACCAGGUGCCUCUGUUCAUUCAUCUCAUCUGGAUGUACGGGACCUUCUUCUUCGUGCUAUUCUCGAACUUCUGGUACCAGGCGUACGUGAAGGGCAGGAGGCUACCGAAGAACACCCAACAGCUCACCCAGAACGGCAAGGCUAAUGGAUCCACCACCACAGUGGCCAACGGCUCGUCGCUAGUUUCAAACGGCCAUGGCGUACAUGCAAACGGCCAGAGCAACGGGAAGAAGCACCAUGAGAACGGAAGCACUCUCAACGGCAAGAUGAAGAAUGCCUGAGAAGCUGAGCUCAGGAGAAGACCCAAAACGGAUGACCAGGAGAACCUGCAGAAUGGCACUAUGGAGUCCAAAGAGUGUUUUGGGACCUUUCAUUUUCAAAUCUUGUUGUUUUUUUAUGUGUACAUUAAAUAAGUACAUACAUGGGGGUAUGAAUGCCUUUAACCCCAUUUGUAUAUUUUUUGUCAUAAAUUAAUCUAAAAAAAUAAUUAUUGAGUAAAAUGUAUGAAGAGAAGAGGAAAAGGUCCUGACUUGAUGCAUCCUUCGCUGAUGUUGCUCAACAGAACGAAUUCACAGAUGCCCCCCCCCACACACACAGAUCUGUGUGUCUUUCAUACUCCCCCCAAUAGCAGACACUGUACAGUCAACAUCAGUAAACUUGAAUUACAUCUGUAAAUAGUUUUACCUAUUGAAACUAACCCCGUUGAGACUAACGGGAUUGAUACGUUACGUUAAAUAUUGUUACUAUUGAAAUAAAUACAAAAAAUAAAUCAUUUCCAUUUUAAAAUACAGUUAUCUGUUUAUUUCAUGUAAGUUAUGCUGUUCAAUGGCACAUUGUAGUUCCUCCUCCAAUAAAAUCCGUGCAGGUCAAAGAGAUUUGACCUACAAUUCCAGCUGACAUUCCCACAUGGUAUUUGGCAUCUCCAAAGCAAAGGAUUGACAUAUUAAAAUACUUUUUGUAUAACAUUUUGUCAUCUACAAGAUUGCAGGUGUUCACGCUCGCGUUUUAGGAUUCAUCAGCCAUUCGGUCGGCUUCCAUCGGAUGUGGUUUAUGAAGAAACGCAGUGUGUGUGCAUGCCGCACUUCUUCAUAAUCUGCGUCUGUCAUCUCGAGUAUGUGCAGCAUGUU